GAGAAGUAGAGGAUGUGGCCUGUGGCCUGUGGCCUGGUCAUUAGCUACAAGAGCCUCCCCAUCGAUCCAUCAGUGCCGUUUGACUCCCGCAAAGCCAUAGUCCCUAACAAUAUGGGCCGUAUUCAACAAGCUGCAGGUCUGUAUUGUAGUGGCUGGCUGAAAACCGGCCCCAAUGGAGUGAUAGCCACCACUAUGAACAAUAGUUUUGACACUGCGCGAUCCUUGGUGGAGGACAUGGACUCAGGAAUGUUGGAUGUAUCUGCUGCCAAGCCGGGUUCACCGGGCUUCACCAGUGGCCUGCUGGAAAAGAGAGGUACUCUACUGUCCCCUUGGUUGUUUGAUUGCCUUCUGUUGAGCCCUGUUAUCUGACCUGGGAGCAAACUACUUGCAAUAAGCAAGCAAAUAACCCCCAUUUUCUCUCCUGCAGCUGUUUAGGUGGGCCAUUAUUGGGCUGAUAUCAUGUAGUCUGAUCCCAGAAUUUGUCUGUUUAGUCAUAAUUGAGUUAUGAGUUGCUUAGAUUUUAGUACCAAUAUCAAUUCACAGAAAAAGAAGCAAAAGAUGAAUAGAACAAUGAGACCAUUUUCAGUCAGCCUAAUCCAUGGAUGAAUUACUGAACAGGUGUACCAGGCACUGACCCAGGUGGCGUUCCUGGCAUGUAUUCAUCAGAGACAAAGAAAUCAAAUAUCCACAAUAAACUUUCCAUUUGAGUGAUUCAUGUAUUUCAAAGAUGAAAAGGAUAACUUACAAUAAGAACUGUGUGCUCACCACCCACUAACCUAUGCUGAUCUUUCCUAAUCAAAUUUAUACACUUUUUGCUCAUCUGUAGUCAGUAUAAAGAAAAACAAUACCCCCUAGUGGUUAAAUCAGACAGUACAUACACAUAGCUCCAACAGGUCCCUUGGGCCAGAGCCUCUGUUGGUGAUGACUUAACUUUCCUUAUUGGAACGUCAAUCGCAUGACUACAAAGAGAUGCAAAAGACAGGUUAAACAGACAUUGUCUCAUGAUCUCAUCACAAUCAAAGCCCAAAAAAAGCCACACACACUUGUUUGGUUUGUGACAAUUUCUGUUUAUGUGUAGGAGUCGUACCAGUGAUUUUCUCAGACUGGGGCUGUGUCCGAA